AUGUCGAUAGCUCCUAUCAUCACCUUCAAAGCAGGUAUCUGCGAUCUGGAUACCAACACCGGCGCUGUGAAGCCUAAGCCCACCCCAGGCUACCUCUACCUGUACUCCGAAGAUGAUCUUGUGCACUUUUGCUGGCGCCCACGCCGCGCCUCCCUUGAUGACCCCGAGCUCGAUCUUGUCAUGAUUCCUUCUGAUGGCAGCUUCACACCCUUCAAGCCCUCCGGCAAGGAUGCCACAAAUGGCCGCAUAUUUGUAUUGAAGUUCUCUUCCAGCUCCCAGCGAUACUUGUUCUGGAUGCAGUCCCAGUCUCAACAUGAGAACGGUGACCUCAGCUGGUUCAGCCCCCGCGAUCUGAAGCUUGGAGAGAUUGUCGAUGUCCUGUUGCAGGGCGAGGAAGUCGAUGUGGAGCAUGAGAUCGCCAACCUGCCUCGCCGAUCCUCAGGUGACGACGACGAGACCAUGGAGGACAUUGAUGAACAUGAGGCAAGCCACCACGGUGCCGGCAGCGGAGGAGCUGGACCCGAUGCCACGGGUGGUGACGUCCGCGAAGAGGGACAGGAAUCGCGGGAGGGCGGUGCCGAUGGUGGACGAGCUGCACCCACGGAAUCCAACCCAUCAUCGGUAGUCCAGGACUUUUUGAAGUCCCUGGGCGGCCAGAGCCAGAGCCAGAGCCAGAGCCAAUCCCGAGACCCUGAACGACCAUCUACGACACUCCAAGACCUGCUUCCCCCUCGACUACACUGCAAUUCCUUCCUUCCGCCCGCGCUGCUACUGCUGGCCCAGGGCAAUGCCGAGGCUUCUGAAGCUGACACGGACCCCGAACUUGCUCAAGCUGCUCUCCUCUCCCUCGAACUCCCCCAGAAGAAAGACAUUCUCCGCAAAGUGCUUCGUUCUCCUCAAUUCAUGCAAAGCUUGGCCAGUCUUACCGUGGCUCUCCGCGAUGGUGGACUGCCCAGUAUCAGCGAGGCCUUGCAGAUCCCCGUUGCCAAUGGAGGAUUCAUGCGGAGAGGUGGAGUACCCCUUGGUGGUGGCGAUGCGGUAGACGCGUUCCUGGAUGGCGUCCGGCAACAUGUUAAAGAUAAGGAUUCUCAGAUGGACACCGAGUGA